CUGCUCUUUUCCAGAAACCAGGGGAUGGAGCUUACAUAAUAGGGACAUUCUUUUUCGUAGAAAAUGUAAUUGUGUAAACAAUAGCCGCUGGACCUAAAUAGCCCCCUUUACCAUGUUCUUUGUAAACUGCAAGCCUUGAGAAUGAGGUUUCUCAGUCAGUGUUGACAAUGUUUGGUUUCAGUCAAGCUUGUGUACAAGUUUCAAGUUCAUUUUACGAUUAGACUAGGACGAGAUACAACACACGCUCUACCUUAAUACUGUAUGAACUAAGAAACCAAUCUGAAGGUGUUGAGUGUGACCUGAAGGAUCUAAAUAUGGAUGUGGAUGUUGAAAAUGUAGACGUGGAUGCUACUCAGUUAUCGAAGUUGAAACUUUAUAUUUCGAGGUCUAAUGAAAAUAUUUCUGAGAACAGUUAUGACGGGACAGUGACUCCACCGCCAUCUCCACUCGAUGUCCAGGGCGAUGUUGACUCCCGGCCUCCUCACUCCUAUGUCAGGAUCGUUAUCAUGGCCCUGCUCGAUUGUCCAGGUCACGAGGCUACGAUCAGGGAGAUCUAUGACAUGAUCACGUUGAAGUUUCCAUACUACCAAGAGAAUCGUCUACACUGGAAGAAUUCCGUGCGCCACAACUUGACAGUGUUUAGUUGCUUCGAGCGAGUUGUGAGUAGUAGUGCAGAUGACGGCUCAUCUUCCCGUAGCUCGAAUAGCUGGAGACUUGUUGGUAACUGGCAGUCCAUACUGGAAAAGGCAGAAUCCGCGACUGUUCGAAAGAACAGAACCUGUAAUUCAAGUAUCGUUGACGAGUUCACGAAGAAAAAGAAAAAGCAUCUCAAGCCAACACACAUUGGUAAAUUGGAUAGUGUUUCAAGGAGAGAGAAAGACCUAGCGAAGAAAAAGAAACGUGAAAAGGCGGCGAGGAAACUUAGGUUAGCAGCUGGGAUUCGAAGAAUCAACAGGGUGCCGUUAGGUGAUUUAAAUCAUCAUGAUCAGUCGGCUUCUCCUGCGAAUCUAUCGAAAGAACCAUUUCCAUCCCGUAUGACCACACCACCUCCUCGACUCCCUGGUGUUGAAAACAUUUUCCUACCCUCACCUACCCCAAGCAUCUCACCAUUAAAAGAACCACUGAACAUUUGGGACGAUUCGCCAGACGAUUUGCAUCUUCUAUCCGUGCCCAACCUCUCUUUGAUUGAUGAGAUCACAGACAUCGUCUCUGCUGAUGAUGAGAUGACAGUAUCCCAUCUCGUAGCACAGACGGAUGCUUCGGACGUCAUAUCUCAGUAUGAAUCAGACAUUGAUGUGGCCAUCAAACGACAAUGUUCAUGGCAUCAGUUUACACCGGAGCAGAGUCCAGCUAAAGCAUGGACGGAGCUGACAAUGGCUGGCCUCACUGGGUAUGCUUCGUCUGCAAAGAGCAAAAACCUUUGGGAUCUAGUAGAUUCGAGAUUCAAUCCUGACCUUUCAGACUUGUAUAACCUCAAUAACGAUUGGUCAUCAUCGAUGUCUCUAGAUGACUACGUGUUAGUUUUGUAAGAACAUAGCUGUUGAAUGAUGACAUUUGUUUGAGAAUGAUGUUUAUUUGUUGUAUGUACAAUUUUAAGUGUAAUUGUGCACCUGUUACAUUUUUGAAACGUAGGAUUGACCCAUAGUGAAAAUAAUUAUCCUUGUUUGGUAAUGAUGCUUCUUCAUACUAUAGUCAACAAUGCCCACUUCUCGAUACAACCUCGAAAAAGUAACAUAUCCUCAAACAAGAUAUUCGAAUUAUUGUGAUUAUUUUGUAAGGCUGAUAACCUAGCCGUAUUUAUGAUAGAAUCGGCCAUUGUCAGCGUAAUUUCAUAAUACAAUGACAUCCACGUGUUUGCUUCUCUUGAUAAGAAAGUUUUGUUCCUCGACAUACUGAAAGUUUCAUCGUCGAUUUUUAUACUGUGUUUGUAUACUUGACCUAUAUUCCAAAUUAGUAAUGGUCAUGAAUGAUAGACAUAAUUGAACAGCAUGUUUUCCUAAAGUUGUUGAGUGUCACCACUAUUUUAGUUUGACCCAACUUUCGUUUUAUGCUUGCAUGAACGUGUAUUAUUCAAAUUUAAAGUCAUUAUGAAUGUUACUCCACGAUAGUAUUAUUUUCAAUUCCACUUCUUCUGUUGAAGAUGAUAGAGAAAUACCUUUACCAAAAUAAAUCAGGUUUUCAUCCAAAUGUUUUCAUCUUGUGUUUCACACGAAAUAAUUGGACUAUCAUAAUGUCUCCCAGUUUGUAAAUUCUCUUAAGUAAAGUAAGUGAUCCUAUAUACUUAUUAAAAAAGAACAAAACAUAUUUCUCAAGUGUAAAUGUGUCGAUAUGUCUGAUUAUGUCGUAAAUUUUAAAGAUUUUGAUUUUUAAAAAUGCAUGAUGUUAAUAAAUUGCCUGAAAACAGCUA